AGCCCAUUUCAACCAUACAAUUUAUCAGAAAAUGGGCAGGAAGAAUAUUCAGGAACAAAGUUAGCUUAGUUUCUCAUCUGUGUGUUUGAAGAUUAUCUGGAAACAUGAGGCCAGAGGGCACUGAAGAAAGACACUUUUGUGCUAACCAACUUCGCUUCUAAGUGAUUGGCCUUAAAGCAUUAAUCCUAUGUCUUGUGUUUGAAGCACCUAAUGCUUAGUUUAUUUGUGCCAGGAUGGAUUGCUGGAUCAUAUAGAUAAUCUUUAUGAUGAUGAAAUGAGAUCAUCUGGAAACAUAAGCACCGAAGUCAAUAGUUGGCUGUCUGUGUUUGAACAGGGAAUACAUCCACGAGUCAUGAGCGAUGACGAGCUGUCAGGUGAUGGAUGGUUGUUAUUUCUGCGGAUUGCCAUCAGCCACCUGGGUGGACUUUCCCAACCAAGGUUUCUGGAAGAGCAGAUCACCUAUCAGGAUCAGGUUACUGGGCAUCGAGUAUGGAUCAAGCUACAGCAACACUCUGGCUGGUCGGUUAAACUGGAAGCUACGCGGCACUGCCUCUUUGAGGCCCUGCAGGAUGCGGCGAUGCUGGCCGUUAUUACCAUGAGGCAGCAUUUCCCUUGCGAGUUCGCAGGCACUCCGUUUGAAGUUCUGCCUGUGGCGCCUGGGCAGAGGGGCAGGCGGCUAGAUGAUGGUGCCGCGGUCGUCCGCGGCAGUGCUGUAGCUUCUGCUUUUAUUGGCCUCGAUCACGAUGAUGUCCAACCUCUUCUCGUGGUCAGCUUCAUGUCCCUUUUCCAUGAGCGUUCCGAGUCUUUGCUACGUCUGAGGGAGCACGCGUUGAAGGAGCGGUUGCUGAUCGCGGAGAUAGAGAAGAUGUUGGAAGAGCACGAUGGUUCCCCAACCCGAACUCAGGAGUUGGAUCAAAGAAUUGCGGAGCUGAAAAGGAGGGCUGGAGAGAUGCAUGGACUUCCUGCCCAUGCUGUCAAAGGAUACAUCGGUUGGUCUGUGUUCGUCUCUAACGAGGCGCAGCAGGAGAUGAAGCCAUUGGAGGAUGGAAAUGAGGUACCACCUGCAAUUGCAAGCUCCGCAGCAGUAUCAGCCAGGGCCAGGUUGUGAGUGAUAUGCAUGCAUUGCACCAUUUUAUAUUCAUCAAUAAUGAUGGUUACAAUCCAACCAACCUGUGUUGUUGUAAUUCAUGUACUGGUUUUGGACUUGGAUGGUGUGAUUUAGGGACCCGGACGUGGCGCCGUGAACUCAUGUUGU